CCUAGCAACUUCCUUCUUGUCAAACAAUACAAUAAUCUUUGCUACUGUAACAUUCAUCUCAUUAUACCAUUGAUUUCCCGAUUUCCCAAUUUCCCUCAUCAAAUUUCUUAAACCUUUGUGAUGAUCAGUGCUUCCUUUUCUGAUUGAAUCGAAUCAUCUGGAGCUAAACAUCUUGAAAAUUCCUUGUUAUUUUUAAACCAUAUAUUCUUCUCUGUUCUUGUUUUUCUUCCUGAAUACUACUUAAGCAGACAAGCACUUGAAGAACAACUUGAAUCCAGGACAAAAUGGUUAGACCAAAUGAUCCGUUUUGGAAUGAUGUUGAAGAUAUGAAUGAUGGAAGCAUGAAGUGUAAGUUUUGUGGGCAUUUAUUUGCCAAGGAUACUUCCAUUUCGAGGAUCAAAUGGCAUUUUUCGGGAGAGAGAGGGCAUGGUGUUGGCAUUUGUGGUCAGGUGCCUAAAGAAGUUCAAGAAGCAGCCUUUCUAGCUAUGAAUGGUGGCAACAAAAGACAUAAAAGCAUAGCAAGUUUAAGCAAUGUUAAUGAUUAUGCCAUUUCCACCUGUCCACGAGAACAAGACAAUGCAGUACUUGGUAAUUUGGCAGGGGAUGCUGGAAGGAUGCUAGUGGAAGUUCAAGGCAUGGAACAAGGUGUUGGGCGUGAGAGAAUUCAUUCGCGUUUAGAAGAGGCAAAUGGCAUGGAAAACACUGGUGAAGGAUCGUUUCAGCAUGUUGACAGAAGUGUCUCUCCUUGGAGACUCAGAGUUGAUGCUCAUGAGAAUAGAGGAGAAGCAACACAAGGAACAGAUUUAGUGGAUCAAUUUGCUGAUGGUACAUGGGUUCAGAUACACUCUGCCCUUUCAAAGAGGCAGAAGCUGAAUGAAAUCUCUACCUAUUUAAUGCAGGAAGAUGAGGAUGUGGAGCGUCUGCAUGAUGCAUUUGAAACUGUAGCGAGAACAGAACAAGUGCAGCGUCUGGAGAGAGGUAGCUCUUGUGAGAGGCCAUCAAUUAAUCAAGCUGAUGAGCCUCGAGGAGAUUCAUCCCAACCAACAGAUCCUUUGUGUCUUGAUCAUGGAAGAUAUUAUGAUCAACUAUUUGCUCCAUCAGUAAACAAUGAUGUCAUUAUGUAUGAUGUGCAGAACAUGGUUAGAGUGAGGACAGAACCAGUGGAGGAGGGUGUGGAGAAUAGUGGAAGAUUAGUGCAGCCUGGCGCAGGAGCUAGAUCUUCUAUAAGCCUUAAAUACAACACAAGUGAGACUAGAGGAGUUCCAUUACCUACUAGCUCUAAGAAGCUAGUGGGUCGAGCAUUUGAAGAGAAUAUGAAGGUGAUGUGGUCUUUGUUAAUGGAUGAUGAAGUCUUAACCAUUGGCAUUUAUGGGAUGGGGGGAGUUGGUAAAACAACAAUACUGCAACAUAUCUAUAAUGAGCUUCUACAAAGACAAAAUAUUUGUGAUCAUGUUUGGUGGGUGACUGUGUCUCAAGAUUUCAGCAUUAAUAGAUUGCAGAAUCUUAUUGCUAAACGUCUUGAUCUAGACCUUUCAAGCGAAGAUGAUGAUUUGCAUAGAGCUGCUAAAUUGUCAGAAGAACUAAGGAAGAAACAAAAAUGGAUUCUCAUUUUAGAUGAUUUGUGGAACAAUUUUGAGCUACACAAAGUGGAAAUUCCUGUCCCGUUGAAAGGAUGCAAGCUGAUUAUGACAACUCAAUCAGAAACGGUUUGUCAUCGGAUGGCUUGCCACCACAAAAUCAAAGUGAAGCCACUUUCUGAGGGAGAAGCUUGGACUUUGUUCAUGGAGAAUCUUGGACGUGACAUAGCACUUUCACCAGAAGUGGAACGAAUUGCAGAAGCUGUUGCAAAGGAAUGUGCUGGUUUGCCAUUGGGAAUUAUUACAGUGGCAGGAAGCUUGAGGGGAGUGGAUGACCUACAUGAGUGGAGAAAUACAUUGAAGAAAUUGAAAGAAUCAGAAUUUAGGGACAUGGAUGAGAAGGUAUUCCAAGUAUUGAGGGUUAGUUAUGAUCGGUUAGGUGAUGUAGCACAACAACAAUGUCUCUUAUACUGUGCAUUAUUUCCUGAAGAUCAUUGGAUUGAAAGGGAGGAGUUGAUAGGCUAUUUGAUCGAUGAGGGAAUAAUUAAAGGAAUGAGGAGCUGGCAAGCAACAUUUGACGAGGGCCACACGAUGCUUAAUAGACUUGAAAAUGUCUGCCUAUUAGAAAGUGUUAAAAUGAAGUAUGAUGGUAGUAGAUGUGUCAAGAUGCAUGAUUUGAUUAGGGACAUGGUCAUCCAAAUACUGCAAGACAACUCUCAAGUCAUGGUUAAAGCAGGUGCACAAUUAAAAGAAUUGCCAGAUGCAGAGGAGUGGACAGAGAAUCUCGCAAGAGUCUCACUAAUGCAAAACCAAAUUAAAGAAAUUCCUUCCCGCUAUUCACCAAGCUGUCCCUAUCUAUCAACUCUGUUGCUAUGUCAAAAUCGUUGGUUGCAAUUCAUUGCAGAUUCAUUUUUCAAGCAAUUGAAUGGGCUCAAGGUUCUUGAUCUGUCUUCUACAGAAAUUGAAAAUUUACCAGACUCUGUCUCUGAUUUGGUGAGUCUCACUGCAUUAUUGCUCAAUAAUUGUGAGAACUUAAGGCAUGUACCAUCAUUAAAGAAGCUCAGGGAACUAAAAAGGUUAGAUCUCUAUCAUACUUCACUUAAAAAGAUGCCUCAAGGCAUGGAAUGUUUAUCCAACCUUAGGUAUCUUAGAAUGAAUGGAUGUGGUGAAAAGGAGUUUCCUAGUGGGAUAUUACCUAAACUCUGUCACCUGCAAGUUUUUAUACUAGAGGACUUUAUGUCUUUUAGGGAUUUAAGAAUGUAUGCUCUAGUAACAGCUAAAGGAAAGGAAGUAGGAUGCUUGAGGAAGUUGGAAAUUUUGGAAUGUCAUUUUGAAGAACAUUCUGACUUUGUGGAGUAUCUGAACUCUCGGGAUAAGACCCUUUCAUUAUGCACGUACAAGAUUUUUGUGGGACUACUGGGCGAUGAUUUUUAUUCGGAAAUAAAUAAUUAUUGUUAUCCAUGUAGAAUAGUUGGGUUGGGUAAUUUGAAUAUCAAUCGAGAUAGAGAUUUUCAGGUCAUGUUCUUAAAUAACAUUCAAAUACUGCAUUGUAAAUGUAUCGAUGCAAGAAAUUUAGGCGAUGUUUUGUCAUUAGAGAAUGCAACUGAUCUGCAGCGCAUCGACAUUAAGGGUUGCAAUAGCAUGAAGAGCUUGGUUUCAUCUUCUUGGUUCUACUCUGCUCCACUACCGUUGCCAUCUUAUAAUGGUAUAUUUUCUGGUCUUAAAGAACUUUAUUGCUAUAAAUGUAAGAGUAUGAAGAAGUUGUUCCCUCUUGUGUUGCUGUCCAACCUUAUGUACCUAGAAAGGAUUCAAGUUCAACACUGUGAGAAAAUGGAGGAGAUAAUAGGAACAACAGAUGAAGAAAGCAGUAGCUCCAAUUCCAUCAUGGAAUUCAUACUCCCUAAGUUCAGAAUUCUGAGAUUGAUAAAUCUACCAGAACUGAAAAGCAUUUGCAGUGCAAAACUGAUUUGCGAUUCCCUCGAAGAAAUUAUUGUAGACAAUUGUCAAAAGCUGAGAAGGUUGCCAAUUCGUCUUCUUCCCCCUUCACUUAAAAAAAUUGAAGUAUAUCCAAAAGAAUGGUGGGAGUCAGUGGUAGAGUGGGAGAAUCCUAACGCUAAGGAAGUCCUUAGUCCCUUUGUUAAAUGACGAUAUAUUAUUGAAUUACUGAUAAUCCUGAUAUUCUACCGGCGGGACGUCAGUAGGAUUUUCUUCGAUAUCAGCUUUGAGUUUUGUUGCUUUCGAGUCAGGUGAGUGUAUAAUUUUCCAUAUGCAUGAGAAAUAUUAUAAAUAUUUAAUUUGUUAAUAUGAAUUGGAUCAUGCUUCUUGAUAAUAUAUAUGUUGAUUAUUAUCCUUGUUAUGAUAAGCAUGAUCAAUUGUUGAAUCCGAAUUAUUGAUAUGAACCAGUAUAUAUAUAUUCUGAAUUGACUUCUAAAUUGAUAGCUCCUCAUUUGAUUGAUGUCAUGAGUUGAGCCUUGAGAAAUGAAUAUGUCUGUUUGAUUAUGAUUAUGAACCUAUGGUAUGUCAGUCAGAAUACCCAUGCUAACAGGGUAGUGUUAGUCUUUGUGUACAUCGCAUCUGAACCCUAGUUGGUCAGGGGAGUCACCAACCUGUGUGGACUGAUCAUCCCACAGUACGGAGCCUCAUGCUCAUUGCAUUUUGAUUUUCUAACGAGCUUUACCAUAUGAUAUUCUUGUUAUGGUUUAUUUGAGAAACCUUUCUAUAAGAACCUAGAGCCAUACUUGUAUAUAUAUUUCUUAUUUAUAUAUUACCUUGUGUGUGUAUAUUGAACAUUAUCUACUCACUGAGUUGUUGAACUCACCCUCUCAUUAUUAUUCUUUUCAGGCUUAUAGCUUGAUAGCAGGUUAUUUUUGUUGAACCUUUCGAACCUGCUUUUUAGUUGUAAUUUGUAUCUUCCUUUUAUGUCAAGUUAGUGCUCCAAAACUAUGAAUUAUAUUAAUUCUUGUAUUAAGACAAUUCAAUUAUAUUAUGAAGUUGAUUUUGUUAUUAAUGCUGCGUUGAACUCUUAUUAAGUUAUGAUAAGUUGGUAUGUAAGUUUGGGUUCGCAUAGGUAUAGAACUUUGGAGAGGAACCUUGCCUAUGUGCCGGUCAUGGAUCCGGGAUUCGGGUCGUGACAUUAAAAUACUGCAGGUUUUAUAAUUUGUUUCUUGUUUGAUUAAAGAAUAACCGGGGUGGAAUUCUGCUGAUAAGAAUCGGUUCCUUUACCAAUAAAAUAAACAACUAUUUCCCUGUUUCUCUAUCAUCAGUGGAUUGGACAGGAGGAGUUCUGUAGUAAGCAGGCAUUGUUGCCGGGAGGAAUGUUGCUCUAAUUCCUUCUGCCUUUAGUAUAGGGAAGAUGAUGCCUGAUCCAACCUGAAAGAUGACAAAAAUAAAAAUAAAAAUUUAAGUUUGUCUAGGAAACUCAUGGUGAGAAUAAUAGUUCGAACAAAUGUCUGAUAGUAAGGGUAAUGAGAGCUGGAGAUACAGACCAAAAUUAGUUUUGCCGCAAUACACAUGCGUUUUGGUGUAGGAAAUGGAAGCAAUAAGCGGCCAACAGCAUAGGCAAGCAUGGCAAAGCAGUGGAAAACCAAGCUCAACGGGUCAGGGUUUAGACCAGACAGAAGAGCCAUCAGUCCUUCUGAGAACACGCCUCCAAGGCUCAAAUAAUUGAAGAAUGCUUCUUUCAUUUCCUUCCUUGAUGGAUCCUGAUCCGAUGAAGAGAAUACUGUGUGUAGGGUGCUUGCCAAUGUGUUUAUUGCAAAUGCCGUUGGCUGCAACCAAUAUUAAGUUAUUAGUAUCUACCCAACCGUAUAGAAAUAUAGCAAUGCUUGAAAUAUGAAGUUUCUUUAAGCAAUUCCUGUUCAGAGUUUGUUCCGAGGAAGACUGGCAGAAGAAAUAUUAGAUAAGCUUGUGCAUCAAAAGCUGAUACCUUACGCAGAAUGUAAAAGGAUUCAAGAUAUUUGCAAAUGGAAGCUCCAUCACUAAGAUCAUUCAGAGGCCUAAGAAGAUCUCGCAGUAGAACAACAUCAGAAAGUCCCACGGUCAUUCCUCCUCCAGUUACAGCAUGGCGCAUAUUCAACGAAUCCCCUAUUAGAAAUGCACCAGGGGUUGGAUAGGGAGACGCAGGCAUGAUUCUGUUUGGCAUUGUUCUUAUGUUGCCCUUAUCAAUUGCACAUAUGAAAGCAUUGUAUAGCUCAGGUGGCAUCUGAAAUGUGCAAAUCUCUGCAUUAGUUCAAACAACAUAUAUAUAUUGAAUAAAAAGAACUAGCAAAGAUGCUAAAAUGUCGCCUUAGACUGGCAUUAUGAGACAUUUUGCAUUUUGCUUUCUGAUAUUAUUAACAAUAAA